AUGACUUCAAAGAUUGCAUUGGUAACUGGAUCGAAUCAAGGUAUUGGAUUUUGGAUUGCAAAGAAAUUGGCGUUGAACAGUAUCAAAGUUAUUGUUGCUGCUCGUGACUCGACCAGAGGAGAAGCUGCCGUAAAGGAACUCGAAGCUGAGACCAAACAGAGUUUGGACUUUGUUCAACUCGAUAUCUCUGACCAUGAAUCCGUAAAGAAUGCCGCUCACGCCAUCCAAACCAAAUACGGUCAAAUCGAUAUACUUGUAAAUAACGCUGCAAUUGCAAUCAAUCGUGAUUUCAGUCAUGAAUUAUUCAAAACUACUUUUGCACCAAAUUAUUUCGGUACUUUGGAUGUAAUCGAUAACUUCUUGCCAUUGAUAAAGAAGAAUGGUGUCAUUGUAAAUGUAUCGAGUCAAGCUGGUGCAUUGAAUAUUCUGAGUAGCGAAGAUCUGAAGAAGCAAUUUAGCAAAGAAGAUAUUACAGAGCAGGAAUUGAAGCAAUUGCUUUCUGAAUACGACGCUGCCAUUCUAGAUGGUACCUACAAAGAGAAGGGUUGGCCAACUACAGCCUAUGGAGCAUCGAAAUUAUUCUUAACCGCUCAUUCCAGAGCAUUAGCACACCAAGAUCGUUUAAAGAGCAAUGGUAUCACUAUUUUCGCUUGCUGUCCAGGAUGGUGUAAAACUAAUAUGGCUGGUUUCGAAAAACCACCACGUACCGCUGAACAAGGUAGUGAAAAGGCCGUCGAGCUUGCACUUGGCAAAGUUCCAAACGCAAUCAGUGGUCAUUUCUAUACCUCAACCAAUUAA